CUUUCAAUUCAUUUAUCUGCAGGAAUGAUUGCCGCUAUCAGUCUCCAGCUCAACGCCCGGCUGAGGAGGUGAAAGUUUCUCCCCAGGAAGAUAAACCGCAAAAAGACAAUAUUGUGCAGGAAAAAAAAGGAGAGAAAAAAAAAAGAGGAGAGGAGGAAAGGAGUGCAAAGAAAAAGUGCCUUUCCCACAACAACAUUCCCAUGCAAAGAUCCCAUCGUGACAAGUUGGGCUGAGAUCUUGGUCGCCCAUGUGAAGGAGGAGAAGAUCUAGAUCGGUGUCCUCCUGUGUGUUGGCCCUCUUGUUUGUCUUCUACACUAAGCGAUCACCAUGCUCCUGGACGCCGGACCCCAAUACCCAGCCAUAGGGGUCACCACGUUCGGCUCUUCCCGACACCAUUCCAGCGGAGACGUGACGGAGCGAGAGGUGGGCUUGGGCAUCAACCCGUUCGCCGACGGGAUGGGCGCCUUCAAGAUCAACCCCGGCGGGCAUGAGCAGACUGCUUUCACUUCUCAGGCUCCGGGCUAUGCCGCCGCCGCUCUGGGCCACCACCACCACCCUGGUCAUGUCAGCUCUUACUCCAGUGCCGCCUUCAACUCCACCCGGGACUUUCUAUUCCGAAACCGGGGCUUCGGGGAAGCCACCAGCGCCCAGCACAGCCUCUUCGCUUCGGCGGGGGGGUUCGGAGGACCGCACGGACACACCGACGCCACCGGACACCUUAUCUUCCCGGGGCUGCACGAGCAAGCGGCAGGGCACGGCUCACCCAACGUGGUGAACGGGCAGAUGAGGCUUGGCUUCUCCGGGGACAUGUAUGGACGACCCGACCAGUAUGGACAAGUCACCAGCCCCAGGUCCGAACACUACGCCUCCACCCAACUCCAUGGCUAUGGCCCUAUGAACAUGAACAUGGCUGCCCACCAUGGAGCAGGGGCCUUCUUCAGAUACAUGAGGCAACCCAUCAAGCAAGAACUCAUCUGUAAGUGGAUUGAGCCCGAGCAACUGUCCAACCCUAAAAAGUCGUGCAACAAAACUUUCAGCACCAUGCACGAGCUGGUCACCCAUGUCACAGUGGAGCACGUUGGAGGACCCGAGCAAUCCAAUCAUAUCUGCUUCUGGGAAGAGUGUGCCAGAGAAGGCAAGCCUUUCAAAGCCAAAUACAAACUGGUCAACCACAUCAGAGUCCACACAGGGGAAAAACCCUUCCCAUGCCCCUUCCCUGGCUGUGGGAAAGUCUUUGCCAGGUCAGAAAACCUGAAAAUCCACAAAAGGACUCACACAGGUGAGAAGCCCUUUAAGUGUGAGUUUGAAGGCUGUGACAGACGAUUUGCAAAUAGCAGCGACCGUAAAAAACACAUGCACGUCCACACUUCAGACAAGCCCUAUCUGUGUAAAAUGUGUGACAAGUCCUACACCCACCCGAGCUCCCUCAGAAAACACAUGAAGGUCCACGAAUCAACUUCCCAGGGGUCCCAACCUUCUCCAGCAGCCAGCUCAGGCUAUGAAUCUUCGACGCCCCCAACAAUCGUGUCUCCUACUUCAGAAAACCAGACCACAAGUUCCUUAUCCCCUUCCUCCUCAGCAGUACAUCACACGUCCAGUCACAGCACGCUCUCAUCAAAUUUUAACGAAUGGUACGUUUAAACACAUAUUUAAAAAAAAAAAGACUUCCAGAGAUUAAUGAACACUUCGAAUCUAAUCCUAAAGCUGCCGGGACGGAAUAACAAUGAAGAAUGAGACCCUUUUUGCUAUUUUCUUCAGGCUUGGUAGAAAAAAAAAUUAUAAAGGGGAUUGUAGAGUGCAUGAGAAGAGUUUGCCAGGCCAAAUGCCAACCGUGUAGGGUUUAAUGAACCACUAAUUAGAGGUCUCAAUCUGCAUGUCUUUUCAGGCGGCCUUUUUUUGUAAAUACAGAAGUAUUAGUUGAAAAAAAAUGUACUGUUGAUUUUGUAAAUAGCUAUAUUACAAGCGAAAGGGGUAUGUGGAAUUGUGAUCACUGCAUAUAUGUGUUUUUUUGGGGUGGGGUGCAGAGGGAAAGGAAGCAAGCUCUUUUUUUUUUCCAUGGAUGGCAAGAAUGUUCUAGUAAAUGUGUACCCAAAUGUGAAAUACAUUGUACCCUUCCAGUCUAAGCGUUCACAUAACAGACUAUUUACUGGUUUCAGUGUGCUUUUUUUCCCCUGUAUAAAGUGCAAGCUCUUCGUCCCAAAGUCCAGUCCGGUUUUUUAGUGCAGUGAUAUCUUGUUACACGUCAUGUCAAUUAAUUGGUACAGUGCAAGCCUGGAUCUCUUUAUGUGUCAAUCUGUUACAUUUUGUUUAUGUAAAGUGAUAUUAAAAUAUACAAAAAACAAA